UAAACUCAGGGCAUGCAAACAAAUCGAGCACAUUCGGAUUUCUUGAUCAGACCCACGAGAAGAAAUUGUUUGGAACUGCCUCUCAUGGCUUUGAAAGGCGACAAGAUGGGUCCGGGUCUAGUUAUGGCUCUUGUGGUGAUCCUGGCCGUGCUCUGUGCAGGAGCCGCAGCUCAAUCCGGGUGCACCAGUGUGCUCAUAGGCCUCGCGCCGUGCCUCAGCUUCGUGACGGGGAGCUCGUCCGCCCCGUCCUCCUCGUGCUGCUCCCAGCUGGCCAGCGUGGUCCAGUCGCAGCCGCGGUGCCUUUGCAUGGUCCUCAACGGCGGCGCCUCCUCCCUCGGCGUGACCCUGAACCAGACCCUGGCCCUCGCGCUCCCCGGCGCCUGCAACGUCCAGACCCCGCCCGUCAGCAAGUGCGACGCUUCCGGCGGAACGGUUGCUGCAGCCGGCUCGCCAGAGAGUUCGCCGAGCAACGUUACAGGGGCAUCCAAAGAAGUUCCAUCAACUGCAGGAAGUUCCACCAGCCACGGAAUCGCGAAGCUGCCGCCGCUUCCUCUCGCAGUGCUCUCGGUCUUCACGGCGACCUUUGGAUACGUCCCCAUGGCUAUCUGAAUUUCUACAUUCCCCGGCGAUGUAUAACGCCGAACUAUAAUUAUGUACGUGUAGCCCGCGCGUGCUACACCAUAUGCAUUUCCCUUUGUCGAAGUAUGUGUGCUUGUGCUUGAUAUGCAUUGUAUCCCGCUUUACCUAUUUCCCCCUCGUUGGUAUUGUCAUUUCGCCACUAUCAAUAUACUAAUAUUGGAAUACUUGAUCUCUUGCUUA